UAAGAAGGGGGGGGUGGCCUCCAGUGUCAGAUGCUACCAGGAAGGCAGCUGAGGUGAACCCAGACGUGUUUGCAGGCUGGUCCCGUCUCUGUGGACCCGGAGGCCAGACUGGAGUGGGCCAAGGGUGAGCAGAAACUUGUUUCGUCCCAAAAUGGCCUCUCCCUUUUAUCGACUUUUCCUGGUUGUCAGCGUCUGUGCUCCGGUCUACUGUGUGCCCCCAUCCAGUGGUCCCUGCCCUUCCCCCACAAGGAACAGCGCUACCCCCUGGGUAUCUUCCAGCAACACCAACUUUGCCUUCCGCCUCUACCGGAGGCUGGUUUUGAAGACUCCGGAUCAGAACGUCUUCUUCUCCCCGCUGAGUAUCUCCGCUUCCUUGGCCACGCUCUCCCUCGGGGCCCGCUCAGCCACCAAGACCCAGAUCCUCCAAGGCCUGGGGUUCAACCUCACACGUGAGCCAGAGUCCGUCAUCCACCGGGCCUUCCAGCAUCUGCUCCACUCACUCAAUGUCCCCAGCAAAGGCCUAGACUUGAGGAUGGGAAGCGUCCUCUUCAUCAAAAAGGAGCUGCGCCUACAGACAAAUUUCUUGGACAACGUCAAGAGGCUGUAUGAUUCGAAGGUCUUUUCUACAGAUUUCUCCAGCACCUCCACCGCCCGGAAGAGAAUCAACAGCUAUGUGGAGAAGGAGACCAAAGGGAAGGUUGUAGACUUAAUCCAAGACCUUGACCCUCUGACGGCCAUGGUCCUGGUGAACCCCGUUUUCUUUAAAGCCAAGUGUGAGAAGCCCUUUCACCCUGGAUAUACAAGAAAGAGCUCUCCGUUCCUGGUGGGCCAGGGGGCCACUGUGAAGGUCCCAAUGAUGCACCAGGUGGAACAAUUUGCUUUUGGGGUGGAUCCGGAGCUGAACUGCUCUGUACUACAGAUGGACUACAGUGGCAACACCGUGGCCUUCUUUGUCCUCCCUGGCCAGGGCAAGAUGAAGCAGCUGGAACAGGCCUUGUCAGCCAGGACACUGAGGCGAUGGAGCCUCUUACUCCAGAAGAGGUGGAUAGAGGUGUUCAUUCCGAAAUUUUCCAUUUCUGCCUCCUAUGACCUGGAAACCAUCCUCCCGAAGAUGGGCAUCUGGGAUGCCUUUAAUAAUAAUGCUGAUUUUUCUGGAAUCACAAAGACAGACUUCCUGCAGCUUUCCAAAGUUGCCCACAAGGCUGUGCUGGACGUCAGCGAGGAGGGGACCGAGGCCGCAGCAGCCACCGCCACCAAGCUCAUAGUCCGGUCAAAGGACAGCCCCUCUUACACCGUCAUCCGCUUCAAUAGGUCUUUCCUGCUGCUGCUGAUAAACAAAGCCACAGAGGCCAUUCUCUUCCUAGGGAAAGUUGAAAAUCCAACUAAAUCCUAGGUGGAACUAUCCUGCUGGCUGAGUACAGGUUGAAAAUGUCCAGGAAAUAAACCACGUUGUAUGAUGCUCCCGGUGUGACUUUAGGACGUGUCCCCUCCCGCUCUGAGGGUCCAUUUGACCCUGGCAGAGAUGCAUUUUCUUCUGGGAUGCCGCUUUUAAGGCUCAGCCAUCAGAUCCGCAGAGAUUGGGGUCUCAAACCAAAGCUUAAGACCCAAUCAGUGCUCUACAAAUCCCGCCAAGUAACUAGCUUCAUGGAUGUUUCUGGUUGGCAUAUUCCCAUUCCUCGGAGCCCCUGGGCAUGGCAAUAUGCAGGUCAGUCACCUUUGUUGAAAAAUUAAAGUAAUAAACUCAA